GUCGGACCGAUGACACGCGGCCCUAAAAAACCACUAUAUAUACAGUGCGGCGCCCUCCCCAAAUCAAUGCCGAUCGCAUCGAUCUAUCUAUCAGUGUCGAUCGAAAACGAAUCGAAUCAAAUCAUGCAGCAGCUAGCUAGCCGCGCGCGCAUCGCCGCCGCCAUGCGCGGGGGUGGGGCGGCGGCGGAGGGAGAAGGAGAUCUGCCGGAGGACGUGGUGCUGGAGAUCCUGGCGCGCGUCCCGGGCGUGGCCGACCUCUUCCGCUGCGCCGCCGCGUGCCGGCGGUGGCGCGCGCUGGUGUCCGACCGCUCCUUCCUCCGCCGCCGCUGGCCCCCCGGCGCGCGCCACCGCUCCUCCCUCCUCGGCUUCUUCUUCAACCGGGAGGAUCCCGCCCCUGCUACCAUGGCGCCCGCGGAGGAGAACUUCGUCCGUGCGCCGCGAUCUGUGCUCCGUCCCGGUUCUCCGUUGCUAUCCACCUUCGUCCCCGGCGCCGGCAGCGCCGGCAUCUUGGGCCGCGCCGCUGUCGUGCCGCUCGCGUCGCACGGCGGGCUUCUCCUCGUGCGUCUCGUCGACGGUACUGCCGUCGUCGACCAAGAAGAAGGAGAAGAACCGGCCGCCGCGGCCCUUGACCGCCUGGCCGUGUGCGACCUGAACUCGGGCGCGUGCCACGUGCUCCCGCCGCUGCACUGCGGCUGGUUCUUCGACUACUUCGCCACCAGCGCCUACGCCGUCCUCCCCGGCUCCUCCGCCGACGACUCUUCCGCGGCCUCGUCCAGCUUCAAGGUGCUCGUGAUCGGCAUCAACGAGGACAAGCGGCAGUACUACCUCCGCACGUGCUCUUCUUCUUCUUCUUCUUCCUCCGGUUGCUGGAGCGCGCCGAGCAAGCUGUUCGACCCGAUAGAGCACGGCAUCUUCGGGCCCAUCAAGCAGCGCGACGCCGCCGUCAUCGUGUCCGUCGACCAGCGCGGCGUCCGCCAUUACACGGCGCACUGGCUGCUCUGGGACCUGGCCCACUUCCACGCCCUGGACGUGGACGCCGCGACCGGCGAGGCCUCCCUCCACAGGCUCCCCGUCCCGCCGCGGGACCUCCCGUUCCACCUCUACGACAUGCCGCGCCUCGCCGCCGCGCCCGACGGGGCCGCGCUCUCGGCGCUCUGCCUCCUCAGGAACGAGGGCCGGCUCCGCGUAGAGGUCUGGACGCGGCGGCGGCGGCAGGGGGAAGACGGCGGCGGAGAGCUCUCGUGGCACCAUGGUAGGGUGGUCGAGCUGCAGAGUCGGUCCAAGGAGAUGGACGGGGCUCUGUGCGUGUGCUUCGGGGAGAGGAGCGGCACGCUGCUGGCCAGGGACCGGGAGCGUUGCCUGUACGUCGCGGAUCUCGAGAGCCGUGGCGGCGCGAUAAUGGAGGAGGUGGCGACGGAGCUGCGGGUUUCCGGUGGGUGCAAGACGGCCAUCGCCGUGGAGAUCGAUUGGCCGGCCUUAUUCGCGUGCCGGCUCGGUAGGAAGUAACCUACAGUGUUAUCAACCCACGGGGACGAUCAUGUUUGAUUCUGGGAACACUGUUCCCCGAGAGGCAUCGAUCAACUCCAGAUCGAGAUCACAGCUUCUGUAAUAACCGAGCACAGCAAAACAUGUAUGCUUGUGUUUGUAGUACACUUUGUACCACGAGGGUUCUUCAAUGUACGAUUUUUUAUUAAAUUUUUCGCCAAUAUGAUUCGCCUUUUCA